UUUCUUUCUAAUAUAACAGAAAUGAAGAAAUGAAGAAAUGAAGCUAAAUUAAGGCUAUUUUUUUUCCAAGAAGCCGUAUUUGGCACUUCCAUCAGUGCCGUAUCAAAUCCCUCUCAUAUCUCUGCAUGCAUCUCUCUCUCCAUUGCUGUGUAUAUAUAUAUGGACGUUCAUAUCAUACACUGGUACCUCAAAACUCAAAACUAAUCAACUUCUCUGCCUAAGGAAAAAUGACUUCUCUUUUCUUCUUAGUUUUCCUUUUCUCUUCUUUUCUCACGCUAAAUGUUGAUGCCAAUCCAAAUUACGUAGAAGCUCUCUCCAAGUCAUUGCUCUUCUUCCAAGGUCAGCGGUCCGGUCCCCUCCCAACAGACCAACAACUCUCCUGGAGGGCUAGCUCCGGCCUUUCUGAUGGCUCCUCCGCCAAUGUGGACUUAACUGGUGGGUACUACGACGCAGGAGACAACAUCAAGUUCAACUUCCCAAUGGCGUUUACCACAACAAUGCUUUCAUGGAGCACACUUGAGUACGGUGCGCAGAUGGGUCCUCACCUCCAAAACGUCUCACGUGUUAACAUCCGCUGGGCCACGGAUUAUCUGCUUAAAUGUGCUACAGCCACUCCCGGGAAGCUUUACGUCGGGGUAGGAGAUCCUAAUGCUGAUCACAAAUGCUGGGAACGUCCUGAAGAUAUGGACACCCCUCGUACAGUCUAUUAUGUUUCCUCUUCUAACCCCGGUUCUGAUGUAGCAGCUGAAACCGCAGCAGCUCUGGCUGCAGCUUCUAUGGUUUUCAGGGAAGUUGAUUCUGAGUACUCGCUUUUACUGCUGGCAGCAGCUAAGAAUGUGAUGCAGUUUGCCAUUCAGUACAGAGGAAAUUACAGUGAUUCCCUUUCUUCAUCUGUCUGUCCUUUCUACUGCUCCUACUCUGGUUACAAGGACGAGCUAAUGUGGGGUGCGGCCUGGCUGCUGAAAGCAACCGAUGACUCGAAUUACAAAAACUUCAUAGAAUCUCUAGGAGGUGGAGAUCAUCCUGACAUCUUCAACUGGGACAGCAAAUAUGCUGGCGCCUAUGUUCUUCUUUCACAGCGAGCAUUAGUUAACAAAGACAUCAACUACGAACUAUACAAGCAAGAAGCUGAGAGUUUCAUAUGCAAGAUCCUCCCAAACUCUCCCUCUACUCAUUACACUCCAGGAGGCUUGAUGUACAAGUUACCUCAGAGCAACCUACAACACGUAACGGCCGUAACAUUCUUGCUCACAACCUACGCCAAGUACAUGAAAGCCACACAACACAUAUUCAACUGCGGAAACUCCGUUAUUGUCAACCCCGACACCUUGAUAAGCUUAUCGAAGCAACAAGUGGAUUACAUACUCGGCGAGAACCCAAUAAAGAUGUCGUACAUGGUUGGAUUCGGAUCCAGUUUCCCCAUGAGAAUCCACCACAGAGCAUCAUCGCUACCUUCACAAGUACUUCUUUCAAAACCUUUCAACUGCACCGAGGGAUUCCAAUUUUACCACACGCAAAACCCCAACCCUAACAUUCUCACGGGAGCAAUCGUAGGGGGUCCAGAUAAGAACGAUGAGUAUCCAGAUAAGAGAGACGAUUACAUACACUCGGAACCGGCUACUUACAUCAACGCCCCCUUCGUUGGACCUUUGGCCUACUUCGCCUCCCGUGGAUCUGCUUGAAAUGGAAUCCACCACCACUUUUGUCCUACGUGAAAGUUGCUUUUGAGUUGCGAAAAUGGUUACUUGCAGCUGUUGGCUUAAACCGAACUUGACUAUCUAUAACGGAAUAAAUAAUUCAAAUGUAAAACUCUUAAUGGGCUAAGACCUAAUAUUAACGAACAUGUAAUAAGUAAGAUAUUACUGAAAUUUGAUUUUAAAGAAGUUUUA